AUGUGCGAGCCCGUUUCACAUCACCGGACAGAUUCAUACCUCAACGAUCUCUCCAUGCAGAUAAGCGAGCUUCCUAUCAGACCACCAAGCCUCCCGUGUUACUUCAGGGUCGUGAAAGAAAUGAUAGGCAGAGGGACAAUUCCGUUGACCCUUUCCGCUCGACAGAGACAGCACCACAAUGUCUACAACCUCCGUCCACCGCACUACACCCCGUCCUUUGUCCAUGGAACAGAUGCCUCUCCACCACGAAUCGACGGGAGGCUAGCAACGACAUCGCUUCGCCAAGUAAGCGGCGGGUUUUGGACAGUCGGCGGGCAGUUGACCGUCCAGCUGGGACAAUUGCAGGCAGUGCCUUCAGGCAACGGAGGCUUAAUCGCCAGUGGCACAACUGCACCCCUACAUACAGCUUCAUUUUUGGAUCAGCCUACACUGGAUGACAAGGUUGUCGAACAUGAACGUCGUCUCGCUUUGGCACUUGAUAUCGAUCAAACAAAUCGAGUCCUACUCCAAAAUCAUGUCAAUAGAGAAAAUGGUCCACAUUCUCUGCCACAGCACAGUCCUUUCGUUUGGAGAGAUAGUAGGUGGACUCGGGAUAUAAAUAUUCGAUCUCAUGCCCGAAAGACAGAAGAACAGCCUGCAGCCGAGAAGAACAUACCGACCGUCCCAUUCAGAGUGCUUGAUGCGCCCAGCCUGAAGGAUGACUAUUACUGCUCCAUUCUGGCCUACAGCUAUACUUGCCACACCUUGGCUGUCGCGCUCACCCACAAAGUAUACCUUUGGACGGAGCAAUAUGGCGUCCGAUACCCGCCGCUGCCUCCAGCCCGAGUGACCAACUUCGUCACAUCGCUGGCCUUCUCCUCAGACUCUGGUGGCCGAGCAAUCCUGGCUGUGGCUCGAAACAGUGGCGCUGUUACGCUUUGGAGUUUAUUAGAAGCAAGACCCAGGUUUGAUGCCCCACAUCCAUGCGCAGCGUCCUGCGUGGCAUUUCGACCGAGUGAGACGCACCGCCAAUCCAUCAAUGGCGACGAUUUUGUGCCGUGUGAAGAUUUACUGGUUGGUGACGACGCUGGCAAGAUUUACUACUACUCUCUCCAGUGGCCUGAAUCAAUGACGCUCCUUGCAAAAGUUGAUGCACAUACUCAAAACAUAUGUGGUCUGGCGUGGUCUCCUGACAGCGAGCUAUUUGUUUCUGGAGGCAAUGACAAUCGCGCGUUCUUGUUUGAUCCCAAAAUCAUACUACAAAAUCAACCGGAGAUACUCGCUUCUGGGAACAACGUCGAGCAUACUCCGACGGGGCACAUGCCUGUCGACCAGCAAGUUGAUCCGGCACAGAGUGGACCGACCACUCCGCCAGCAAUCCAGACUAUUCCAGUACCAUUCGGCAUGCUGACUCCGCCCACGUCGCCGGAAAGGAACCAGACCGCUGCCCAGCAGGGAGGAAUAUUUGACGUUCUUGCCGUAGCGGUCAGACAGACAACUGCUCGACUCACAACUCCACCUGUCAGCCCUACCAGGCGAGUAAGUGGUCUUGCUCGGGCCCCUAUUGUGGAUUACCGAUGGCCACCCAAUCGUACUGCCAGCCAGAACCUACCUGACAUCCGAAAUGGCCUGGCAGACCCAAGUAUUCCAGGUCAGACCAAUGUACACGUCUACUCAUUCUAUCAUUUCGCCGCCGUCAAAGCAAUUGCAUUUGCACCUUGGCAGCCAUCUCUACUGGCGACUGGUGGAGGCAGCAAUGAUAGACAGGUUCAUUUCUUCCAUACCGGCUCGGGUGCAACGCUAGCCUUGAUCAACAUCUUUUCGCAGGUCACAAGUCUGGUGUGGAGCACUACAAGACGAGAGAUUGCCGCAACGUUUGGAUAUUCACAACCAGAACAUGAGAUUCGGAUUGCCGUGUUCAGCUGGCCAGAUUGUGAAUGUGUUAUGAGCAUACCAUGGGAUCGGAAACAGAACGGCGAGAUUGGACGUGCUUUGUGGGCCGUUGCAUAUCCAGGCGGUCCGAAUGAUGCUGUACCAAGCCGAAGGCAAAGUCACGAUUCUGAUGGGUUUGCCGCUUAG